CAGAGGUGAGAGAGAGAGAGAGAGUUGGAGGGAGAGAGGCAGAGAGAGAGAGAGGCAGAGGAGGAGAGAUGCUGCACCUGUGCAUGAUCACCUGAGGAGGAGAAGAAGAAAAUAAAAGCGAGCGGAGGUGAAGAAUUUGUAAGCAUGGCGGGACAGUUUCACAUCUGAGAGAAUCUCCUUCAGUCAGCUCGUCAUCAAGAAGGUCGGUCGUCCAGUCUCUGUCGUUGCCAUGGCUGAUCCAAGCUGGUGGAAGCUGACCUUCUCUCGCAAGAAGAAAUCCGAAUCUAAGGUCCUGUAUGAGAUCCCAGCUGACCACGGCAGCAACACCGUAAACAAAGAGCACUCGAUCAACAACCCCCCUCCGGACAACAUGGACAGCCAGUUCAACGCCAGGCUGGAGAAGAUUGUGGACAAAUCUGCCACCAAGGGCCGCCACGUCAAGGUGUCCCACUCUGGACGCUUCAAGGAGAAGAAGAAGGUCCGUGCCACGCUGGCCGAAAACCCAAGUCUGUUCGCAGAGCACAACCUCAGUGGCGAGAACCAUAAAAAGAAGGCAAAUGACAAAUAGCACAAAAACAUGCUUCAUCACAGGUGUCAUUUAAAAUAAGGCUUAGAUGAAGGAUUAAAUACACACAAUCAUGUGGCAUUACAUGUGCUAUGUGCAAGGUGGAUAAACACCUGUUACCAGGCAACACACCCAGGUAGAUACUGUAACCAGUGGACUCCCACCUGUAAACACUGCUGGUAUCAGCCAGCCAUUAGUCACCCAUAAGAGUCCUGAACGAGACAUUUUUAUCAAUCUUUCUGAGCUCACACUGCUAUUUAUCGUCACACCUCAUCCUUAUGAAUGAACAGUAACGUUGUUGUAAAUUAACUUGUUUCCUUUUAUUAUUAUGGAUGUAGACUUUUGGAAUUAACCCUUUUUUCUUUUUUUAAUUAUGUCUCCUACAAUCAAU